UUCUGGACACCGUGUAGCGGCUGAUACCUUAUCUCGUAGAUGUCUCCCAUGGGCUUGUGUUUUCUUCUUUUUAUCUCUGUCUUGGUGUGUUACUGGGUGCCAGCAGGCUGCUAUGCCAAUGGCAAGGUCAGUGAAGUGUGUGGCAGCAUGAAGCCCCAUCAUCGUGUCCCUGGUCAAACCACUCAAAGCCCCUAUCACUUAGGGACCAACACCACCACAUUCAGUCCCAGAGAUCACAUCCAAGUAACCCUGUCUGGAACAUCGUAUUUUGAGGGCUUUCUGCUUCAGGCCAGAGAUGCAGCCGGUCAGGGCUCAGUAACCACAGCUGGCACCUUCACCCUGACCAAUCUGAAAAAGACACAGCUGCUCACCUGUAAUGAGCAAAAGGGUUCAGCAGUGAGCCAUACGAGUGAUGCCAGACAGACAGAGGUUGUUGUCAUCUGGAAUGCUCCUGCAGAUGCUCCCACGCAGGUUCAGUUUUUUGUGACUGUAGUUGCCCACUACAAUGUAUUUUGGGUGAAGCUGCCUGGACCAGUCAUCUAUCAGCAUGGUGUUACUCCCAAACCCCCUCAGUCAGACACUACACCUCCUCCAGUACAGCCCACAACCACACCCUCCAUCCUGCCUGGGCCUUUUACUUCUGAGGGAUGUGGCCAAUCAAAAUCAUGCCUGCUAGAUCCUCCAGGCUGUGAUCCAACAGAUCCUCACUGCUUCUUCCUGUCCAUGGCUACAGAGGAACCAGACAAAAUGGCUGUGAUAUUUGAACUGAGUGGCCCAGCAGAGGGAUAUGUUGCCUUUGCACUGUCCUGGGACACAUGGAUGGGCAAUGACGAUGUUUACAUGUGUAUAAAUGAUGAGGGAGGAAUAUCAGUGAGUGCUGCCUUAGUCAGUGGACGAACACACCCUGAGGACGAGUCACAGUCUGGUCUCUCCUCAGUGUCAUGGCGGCUGGCAGAUGGAGUGAUUCAGUGCAGGUUUAGUAGGCCAGUCAAAAUGAGUGAUCAGGAACCAGCACGCUUUGAUCUGAAUCAAGAGUACUUUCUGUUUGUAGCCAGCGGACGUGCUCAGCAUGGUGAAGUAUGGAAACAUAGCCAGCAGCCAUUAAUCUCCACCCACAGAAAACACAUCACUGGACCCCCAGAGGUCCUGAGAGGCUCCCGGGGCCCCACCAUUAUGAAAAUGCAUGGUGCAUUAAUGCUGUUAGCUUGGAUGCUAACAGGAAGUGUUGGUACCUUCAUUGCCAGCUUCUACAAACCCGAUUGGCCAAAUCACACUCUGCUUGGCCAGAAAGUCUGGUUCCAGGUUCACCGAGGCCUGAUGAUGCUAACUGUGACUCUGACCCUUGUUGCCUUUUUCCUCCCAUUUUUCUAUAGAAAAGGUUGGAGCAAGCAUGCAGGUGUUCAUCCAUAUCUAGGCUGUUGCGUUCUAACACUAUCUCUGAUUCAACCAAUAUUGGCUGCGAUCAGACCAUCACCUGACUCACACAGGAGAUCCAUCUUUAACUGGGGCCACUGGGGAGUUGGCUCUGUGACUGAGAUCAUGGCAGUGGCAGCCAUGUUCCUGGGUAUUCGACAAUCAUCACUUCUCCUUCCCCAGCCAUGGGCAACGCAUGUUCUGAUUGGCUACGUGGCAUGGCUGGCCUCAUUUAGGGUCUUCCUCCUGAUGUACACACACCUUUACACCAAAAAAUUAUCGGGGUCAGAUGACCAACAAGCCAUCCUGUCUGACCAAUCAGAGCACAGCCGCUGGGGGUCCUUCAUAAAGCCUCUCAUCUUGGCUGCCUUGGCUCUAGGGAACUCUGGUCUCCUAAUGGCCUUGCUGUCUUCUAUUGCUGAAAUCUGACAUUUAAUGGCAAAGAAACUCAAAUAACUUUUGAGACCAUAACCAUCCUUAAAAAUUGACUUUUUAUGCAAGGCUUAUAAUACCAGUAAUAUUCAGAGUUCAGCAAACCCUGUUAACAGAAAGAAAGAAGAACUUAACUUUAGUAUUCAGCCAAAGACACAAUCCUUUUUUAAAAUUCAAAACCAAAUCUGUUUCUUUUUUAUUUAUAUUCAUAUUUCAGUUGUAUUUGUGUAGUUAUAGGUUUACUUUAUUCCUAUACAUUUCUAAUUAAAUGUUCACACUCUUAUUCUAUUUUGAGUAGUGUUACUAAUGUUUAAUGGCACUUCUUAUGCAAUGAUUCAUUAAAGAAAACUCCUAAAUCAGCAAAACCGUCCACCGCUGCUGUUUAAUGCUUUUGUUGCUUUUAUGCUGUCACGGAUAGUUUGUUUUAACCAUGCUGAACUUAUGUGAACAUUUUCAAUAAAACAUCUCAACCA